ACCACAGUGGUACCAUUCUGUAAACAAAAGAGUGAAUUCCCUCUCCCAAGCUCAAGGACCAGCGGACAAAAAUUUGAAUUCCAAAUUUUCUGACCGCUGAAUGAUACACAAAAUUCAAACUAAAGCUAGGAAAAUAUGGCGAGGAAUAGUGAGAAAAACUAUGGUAGACUUAAUAGACUGUGGCUGGAGAAACAAGGAGUAAAAACCGAGAAAAGACCUAAGUUGUCUGUCCUAAAAACUUCUGACGAAAUAUCGUAUUGGUUACCAUCAAUUAAAAAUGAAUUAGAUUUUGUUUUGAAACAAACGGAAGUACCCUGCUACACAGAAAAGAAAAUAGAAGAUUAUCGCGAUAGGAUACGCUACCUAGAGGCUGAAUAUAAAGCAUUUGUAAGGAAACUUCACAAGGUCAAUGGCACAUUAAAGACAACCCCAUGGACAGCGCGUCCAUAUGAAAAGAGGAGCGUUGCUUGCUCCAUACACAUACCAGUAUUGCAUCCUGUGGACACUGAUUCAGGGUCUCAGUGUCUAAACCCCUUGGAAACACCUGUUCUACUGCAUGACCAUUUGUACGAAGACGGAGAAUGUGACAAGGGAAGAGAAUCCAGCUGCACAAGUUCUGCUGCAAACGAUGAAAAGCCUUUAGAAUUCAAUGUAAUGAGCAGCUCCUCUUUAAGGUACCCACUUCAAGCACCUACCAUGGAACAUUUCACUUCUUCAACGUCAACAAAUAUUCUAGGUUUAGACUAUAGUUCAUCAGAUGAAGAUAGCUAGCAGCUGCUGCAAAUUUUACAGUGUCUUCUGAGUCAAAUUUUGUAUCAUAUAAUUUUAAAAAAGAAUUUCAGUAGGUAUAACUUUAUUUAUAUAUAAACUUUGCACAAUGAUCAUAAAUUUUGUAAUUUUGCUUUACAAAAUGUACACUGUAAACUUAACACAUUGAAAUAGCAAUCAAAAAAUUGUUUUAAUAAAGCUAUUAUUAAUAUUU